AUGGAUACUCCAGCGAAGACCUUGGCGAAGAGAGAUAUCCCGCAAUUUUAUUUGCUGAUAUGUCUUUACUUCUUGCAAGGUAUCCCUGUCGGGCUAGCCUUCGGUACAGUACCGUUCCUGCUGAAGUCAAUGGCUAAAGAGACUACGUUUACACAAUUGGGUAUCUUCUCCAUGGCUACAUACCCCUACUCAUUGAAAAUUCUGUGGUCUCCACUGGUUGACUCUGUAUAUUUCAAGAAAAUAGGUAGAAGAAGAUCAUGGAUCAUUCCCAUUCAACUGGUCAGCGGUGUAAUGCUGUUCUUUCUGGGUACAUGUAUUAGCAGAGGUAAGGUGUUCAACGGUGUUGAUGACGCCUUUCAUGGAAGGAACUCAGGUGGGCUACAUAACGUCAAUGUACCUUUUCUAACUUGGUGUUUUGGAACUUUGGUAUUUUUGUGUGCUACUCAGGAUAUUGCUGUCGAUGGCUGGGCGUUAACAAUCUUAUCCAGAGAUUCAAUUUCAUAUUCGUCCACAGCCCAAACCAUUGGUUUGAAUAUGGGAUAUUUCCUGUCUUUUACAGUUUUUAUCGCACUGAACUCAAGCGAAUUUGCCAAUAAAUAUGUUAGAAAUAUGCCAUUACCGCAUGGCCUCAUAAGUUUAGGGGGCUAUAUGAAAACUGCUGGUGCUCUAUAUGUGCUUUUGACUUUGUAUGUGAUCUUCUUUACUAAGGAGGUCCCUAAUAGUGUCUAUGAUUUGCCAAUAACUGACAAAGUGAAAGAGAAGGAUAGAGAGCUUAGUGCAGACAAAGCUCUUUCUCCAACAAUCACCAAUAUUGAAUAUCCGGACCAUGUAACUAUUAAGACUGAAAAUACUAGCAGUAUCGCCUACGUGUACAGAGGAUUUUUAAAGAUAUUGAAGCUGAGAUCGGUGAGAACCUUAGCAACAAUUCAUAUGGUUAGCAAAUUUGCAUUUCAAUGUAAUGAGGCAGCUACAAAUUUAAAACUAUUGGAAAAGGGUUUUAAAAGAGAAGAUCUCGCUGUUACAGUACUUAUUGAUUUCCCAUUUGAAAUCAUAUUUGGUUAUUAUGUUGUAAAAUGGAGUUCCGCAAAUGAACAGAAGAGGAAAUUAAAUCUGUCAAGAGGAAACCACCAUAAGACAAAUCGCAUUGUAAAGUUUUUAGUUGGAGACGGCGGCCUAUUAACCCCCUGGUUAUGGGGUUUCUUAGGUAGGCUAACUGCUGCUAUGUUUGGUAAUUAUAUUGUAAGUAUGUUCCCAAAAGAUGGGCAAAUUAGUACCGGCUACUUUUUACUUGUUAUAAUCCAGCAUUUAUUAGGUUCUUUCAUGUCAACAGUCCAAUUUGUGGCAAUUUCGGCUUUCCAUUCUAAGAUUGCUGAUCCAGUCCUGGGUGGUACCUACAUGACACUUCUAAACACAUUAAGUAAUUUUGGUGGUACCUGGCCUCGCCUCAUGAUCAUGUCAAUGAUCAACUAUUUUACCGUUUACAGCUGUACCCUAGAAAACGGAUCAGUAGCAAUUUUGAAUCGAGGUAGUAAUAUUCAAGCAUGUACAACUGCUUUAAGAGGAACCGCCAAAGUUGUCACUGAUGGUUACUACAUUGCAAACAUGUUUUGCAUUAUUAUCGGCACACUGUUAUACUUUAUGUUUAUCAAGAAGAAGAUGCUAUUUUUGCAAACAUUACCAAUUGGCUCUUGGAGAUGUACAUAG